CGCUCUGCUCCCUCAGAAUUUCUCCAGUCUCUCAACAGAGUCAAAGUUUCUGUAUCAAAAAGUCCUUGAAACUUGAGCUAAACUCACAGUUUGCAACUUUACAAAUUUGUAUUCUAGGGUUUCAUCUCUUCGCCGUUUGUUCCGAUCGCGAUUAUUUAACGCUUUUCUGGUCACAAGCUUUGCCUUGCGCUUUUCGCUAAAUGUAUGCUGUUCAUUAGCUGCAGGUGUUUGGAUGCUGAAGAUCUGUCAGUCGAGUUGUGCCCAUUGAUCAAUACUAUAAGCAAGGUAGUGAGGCUCCUGAUAUGGCUUCUGGUGGUAUAAUUCCUUCAGCAGGUGGAAAACCUCAAACUGAUGCCAUGCUUGUCGAUAAACUUCCUGAAGAAAUAAAUGAAAUGAAGAUCAGAGAUGAUAAAGUAGAAAAGGAAAUGGAAGCAGCUGUAGUGGAUGGAAAUGGAACAGAAAAAGGCCACAUCAUUGUAACAACUAUUGGGGGGAAAAAUGGCGAGCCUAAGCAGACCAUUAGUUACAUGGCCGAGCGUGUCGUUGGACAGGGUUCCUUUGGAAUUGUGUUCCAGGCCAAAUGUCUUGAAACUGGAGAAACUGUGGCAAUAAAAAAGGUUUUACAGGAUAAGAGAUACAAGAAUCGGGAAUUGCAAACAAUACGCCUUCUUGAUCAUCCUAAUGUUGUUUCACUGAGGCAUUGCUUCUUUUCAACCACAGAAAAGGAUGAGCUUUAUCUAAAUUUGGUUCUUGAAUAUGUACCUGAGACUGUAUACCGUGUGUUGAGACAUUACAGCAAAGCAAACCAAAGGAUGCCUAUGAUUUAUGUCAAGCUCUAUACAUAUCAGAUUUUCAGAGCUUUGGCUUACAUACACGGGAUAGGAGUCUGCCACAGGGACAUCAAGCCUCAGAAUUUACUGGUCAACCCCCACACACACCAGCUUAAGCUCUGCGAUUUUGGGAGUGCAAAAGUUCUGGUCAAAGGCGAGCCAAAUAUUUCAUAUAUUUGUUCGCGGUACUAUCGUGCGCCUGAACUUAUUUUUGGAGCAACUGAAUACACGUUUGCAAUCGACAUCUGGUCUGUGGGUUGCGUCCUUGCUGAACUCCUUCUUGGGCAGCCCCUCUUUCCCGGUGAGAGUGGAGUUGAUCAGCUUGUUGAAAUAAUCAAGGUUCUUGGAACACCAACUCGGGAGGAAAUCAAGUGUAUGAAUCCAAAUUACACCGAGUUUAAAUUCCCACAAAUCAAAGCUCACCCUUGGCACAAAAUUUUUCAUAAGCGGAUGCCUCCCGAAGCCGUGGAUCUUGUGUCAAGGCUUCUCCAGUAUUCUCCAAAUUUGAGGUCCACAGCGUUGGAGGCUUGCACUCACACUUUCUUUGAUGAACUCCGUGACCCUAAGGCUCGUCUUCCUAAUGGUCGGUCAUUGCCACCUCUUUUCAACUUCAGGCCUCAAGAGCUGAAAGGAGCGUCUGCAGAGCUCUUAAACAAACUGAUACCAGAACACGCUAAGAAGCAGUGUACCUCCCUUGGUUUCUAGGCUUUGUGAAUGUUGUGUAUCUUAUGUAUACUUAUUUGUGACCACUUUAUUUAUGCUCUACUUUGGCAGAAACUGUUUGAGACUGCCAAUUUCUUCCUUUCCAUGAAAACUAUUGACUGAAAAACAUUGUGAAAGUUGUGCCAAUACCACCUAACUUGGACUUCCGAAGGACUGGGCCUUUGAUUCCUUAUCAUUUUCUGAUUCCAAAAAGGAAAAAGAAAAAUAAAGGACUUUAUUGUGAAGCAGUUUAA